AUGAGCAUGAACUACCCAACAGCGGCGCCGACGCAGAGGUCGACAUCGUUUUUCAUAGAGGACAUCUUACUGCACAAACCCAAGCCGCUGAGAGAAGUCAUUCCCUCUCCGUUCUGCAGCUCCCUGGCCUCCCGGAUGCCGAUCCUGGAGUACGGAUACCCGCUGGUGCCAACGCCGAUACUGGCGCCGCAUCCGCACCAUCCGCUCCACAAAGCAGAACAUCACCAGUACUUCUUCACUUCCGGCAUGCAGAUACCGGGCUUGUUCCAGCACCACGCAGACUUACCGGGCAAGCACUGCAGACGCAGGAAGGCCAGGACGGUUUUCUCGGACUCGCAGCUCUCCGGCCUGGAGAAAAGGUUCGAAAUCCAGCGCUACUUGUCCACACCGGAGAGAGUGGAGCUUGCAACUGCACUCAGCCUUUCCGAAACGCAGGUCAAGACGUGGUUUCAGAACCGGCGGAUGAAGCACAAGAAGCAGCUGAGGAAAGCCCAGGACGAGCGCAGAUCCGCGGACAACUCAAGCGAGAACGAACUGGCCGAGAAGAGCGUGGAGGAGCUUCAACGUCCUCUGGAGCAGGACACAUAUUUGCUGGAAGAAAACGACGACGAGGUGGAUAUCGAGGAUGAUAUUUGCUCCCCGGAUCAUCUUUUAUAGUAGGCUGUUUCCCCACCCUGUAUAGUAUAUUUUUGUAAAUAACGCCGGCUUUCUUUGACUGUAAUUAGAAACGUAUCAGACAAUGCUAUUUAUUCACACCGACACUUGUUGAUAUGUUUAUCAAUUGUGUACAAAAAGCAAAUUAUUUAUAUCGAAACAUAAUAUAAUCACAGUAUUACUGGGCUAACACGAGUUCAUGAAAUUGCAAGAUAUUUAUUUUGAAAUAUGUUUCUACUUGCUUGUUUCUUUCGUAAAGAGACACCAU